AUGUCCAGUACACCAUCAGUAAGAAUACAAAUACCGCCAAUCAGGCCAUCGCCUCGUGUGGCACUCCGUCCACCGCGUUUAAACCUGUCGGGUGUUUCUGGACCGGGGUCCAGUCAGUUGCAUCCACCUCUAACAGGGCACACAUUGGCUGCACAUCCACAAACUGGGCUCCCGUUAACCGCACAGACAAAAGAGAGCGAACAAUGGCCCUUUUUCUCGGCAUCCGAUUUCGCCAGAGGCUUCUCAGAUUUCGUUGACUUCACCAAGGCGGGUAUGAGUUUCGGCGAAAAGUUCACCUUUGGUUUGUACGAAAAAGUGAGCAAAUGGUCCCGCAAAUGGUUUACACAUAUUUUCCUGUUCAUCGUUAUGGUGCUUUAUAGUGCUGGAGGUGCGCUGCUGUUUGUUUCCAUUGAAGGCACUCAUGCCAGCAGAGUUCAGGUUGAUUUAAGCUAUCAGCGGCGGGAGUUCCUGAAAGCAGUGUCCGGUUUAGCUCAGGAUCCACAUAUGCAAUAUGACCGCCUGCUAUUAGAGGGAAAUCUGGUUAAUGUGAUGAGAGCUCAUAAAGAAGCAAUUCAGUCAUUUAUAAACAACGACAAGACUUUUGAGGAACUGGAAAAAGCGAAACAUCCUUGGACUUUUAUGAAUUCCAUGUUCUUUUGUGGCACAAUCUAUACGACAAUCGACUUCAGCAUGCCAAAAAGUACACCCUCUAUUCCACGAAAAUCAGAAAUUUUCACAAUUAGAAAACUGUGA